AUGGAGUUCCAUGGAAACUUCGUCAGCGUUACCGACACUAACGAUUGCAGAAUUGAGGGCGUGCUUGCUGAUCUCGAUCUCCGCAGAUCUAGGAUUGUCGUCAAAAAUGCAAGGAACUGUGGAUCUGAAGGGAGAAGGAUUCAUGGUCCACAGAUUCCACCAUCAGCGAUAACCCUUCCCUCUGUUCCUUUACAUGAAAGUCAAAUCAAGGAUCUUGAGCUCAUCUUUGUUCCAUCCAGUGAGCGGGAUUUUUAG